AUGUCUCAAGAAAAAAUUAGUCAAAUAAUAAAAGAUAUUAGUGCUCUCAAAUCAAGUUGUGAAAAAAUUAAUUCUCAACUAGAUGAACUAAUUACUCAAAAAGUGGAAAAUGAAAUGCUAUUUGAAGAAGUUAAAGUUUUAUCAGACGACGCAGUGUUACAUAAACUUGUUGGCUAUGUAUUAAUAAAAGAAGAAAAACAUAAAUGUUAUGAUACAAUAUCAAGAAGGAUUCAAUAUAUUAAUGCAGAAAUUGAAUGUAGAAAGAAGAUUCUUAGUAAUUCGGAGGAAAAACUAAAAAAGCUAUUUAGCGAUUUGGAGGCACACUCAGAACAGAGAAAAGUCCCCAUUUCACAAGAUUAA